GGCCUGAUGAGCAGCCCGAGAGACGGCUGGUGCCGUGUUGAUUUUUGCAGUUCGUCUGCAACACGACCAACGUACAGGGGCUCCUCGACUUACAACAGCCUUGGUCAAGACGACAGAGGCCAGUUCUUGUACAGCGUUCUCGCAUUCCCUACCAUGAAUCCCGUUUACAGCCCAGUUCAGCCUGGGGCUCCCUACGGAAAUCCCAAGAACGUCGCCUAUACAGGCUAUCCUGCGGGAUACCCCACCGCAGCCCCCACCUACAACCCCAACAUCUAUUCGACCUCCGGCCCAGGUUACGCCCCAGGAUACCCCGCUGGGACCCCCUACAAAGUCCCUCCUACCCAGAGUAAUAACGCCCCGCCUCCCUACUCUCCGUCGCCCAACCCGUACCAGACCGCCAUGUACCCCAUUCGAAGUGCCUACCCGCAGCAGAACCUGUACGCCCAGGGGGCGUACUACACGCAGCCGGUCUACGCGGCGCAGCCUCACGUCAUCCAUCACACCACGGUGGUCCAGCCCAACAGCAUCCCCUCCGCCAUUUACCCGGCUCCCGUCGCCGCGCCCAGGGCCAACGGCGUAGCCAUGGGGAUGGUCGCCGGGGCGACCAUGGCGAUGUCCGCAGGCACACUGCUCACCACUCCACAGCACACUGCCCUGGGGGCACAUCCCGUCUCAGUGCCAACGUACCGGGCGCAGGGGACCCCCACCUACAGCUACAUCCCACCUCAUUGGUAACUCCCAUCGGCCAAAUCCAUAUCUGGAGCCAAGACAUCGGAUGCAACCUGGCGUGAUGGAGCAGCUGCCCCACAGCCCCCCCUCCUGCUCCCCCCACGGGGGCGUUGCCAGCGAAAGCGAAAACCCGCCCAUCUCAAGGGUCCCCUUACGCAUUCUUGGCGAUUUUAAUGUUGCAUUUAAUUUUUGAUUUCCCGGAUAAAAACCACGCGCCCACCCCCCUCUUCCCAUGUCCCCAGCCCCCCCCCCUUUCCCCAUUCCUCCAGUCCCCACCCAAUUGAACUCUAUUGUUUCUUUCCACCCCUUUGGUCUUCCAUUUCCCUCCCAUUGAGCAUCACCGGGACCUCCUAAGGCCAUCUAGACAUUCACGAUCCAUGUGGGUUCCUCGGGGGUGGGGGGGCAGAUGGGGGGGGGAAAUUUCCCCUUUAGGGUUCUGGAGGGAUGGAAAGCAGCCUUUCUCACUCACCCACCCACCCACCUCCCCUGGGAAGGCCUCCCCCACCGACCCACCCCCAUCCCCAUCAUGUUUCCAUCAUGAAAUCCGCAUCUUCUCCCCCCAAUAAAGGGGGGGGGUCUUCCCAUUAAUCUUAGGCUGAUAAUAAGGGUGUCCUUUGGUGCGUGGGGGGAGUCAAAAAAAAGUCAAAAUGGCCGCCAGGGCCCUGAUUGAGAGACCCUGCCUCUUUUUUUAAAAAAAAAAAAUGCAUUGGAUGGGUGUCACUUUAAAAAAAGGCAGAGUUUUGUCACUUGAGGUUCCGGUUGUCAUUUUGGGGAGAACAGACCUUUCCCCCACCCCCACCCCCCAAAAUGGACCCCCUGGAGGUAAUGCAGGUAGUCCUCGACUUACGACCACAUCAGAGCCCCAGAUUUCUCCUCCCGAGCGAGACGUUUUGUUCAGUCAAUUUUGCCCCCUUUUUGACGACCCUUCUUGCCGCCGUCGUUCAGCGAAUCUCUGCGGUUGGUUAAGCCGCUCACACAGUUGUUAAGCGAAUUCGGCUUUUUCCCCCCCUCCCCCUUUGACUUUGCUUGUCGGGAGGUCGCAAAAGGGGAUCACGUGACCCCCCAGAUACAGCAACCGUCAUAAAUAUGAGUCAGCUUUCCAAGCGUCGAUGAGUUUUGAUCCCGUGACCACGGGGAUGCUGCAACGGUCGUUAAGUGUGAGAAAAAUGGUCCUAAGUCCAUUUUUUUUCCAGUGCCGUUGUAACUUCGAACGGUCACUAAACGAACUGUUGUAAGUCGAGGACUACCAGUAAUGGGGAGGUGAAGCAAAGAGACCUCAAAAUUCCCCAUGUUAAGCUUGGAAGAAAUUCAGCACGGAGGACAACAGAACGAGGAGAUUCUAUGGUGGUUUGUUUGGCCAAGCUAACUUCCAUCUCUGCCCACCUGAUUACGGAUUACGGAUUAACAAGAGUUGAAAGGGAUCUUGUAGGUCAUCUAGUCCAACCCCCAAAAAGUCAGGGAGAGACCCUACACCAUUUCUGACAAAUGGCAAUUUAAUCUCCUUCCGAUCCAUUCCAGUUGGAUUCAGGUGGCCUUCAGGAUCUCCUCAAUCAAAGUCUUCCCCAGUGAUUUUUUUUCUGUGGGUGUCCCACCCAUCAAAAAAUGACCUCUCUGGUCUAGUUGGGUUCUAGGUUGGGUUCUCCAUCCUUCUUGACCCCAUCGUUCAAGUCAACGUCACGAUCUCCAGAUGUUGUUGGGUGGUGGCCAAAGGUUCUGAGAACCUGGUUGAUACGUGGAGGCACCCAACUGAAGGUUGUCUGGAAAUCCACUUGGGAUCGGAAUACAGGGAUGACCCCCCAGUGUUAAAGGAGCCCCCUCCAUGGGGCUAUGGGAAGGUAGAAUUGAGGUGUCUCUCCCCCAAAGGGAAGGAAGCAGUGGGACCAAGGGAAGUCCCUGCCAGGAGAAAUGAGCUUCCUCAACCCAACGAAGCAGAAGAACAACGAGAUGGUCCAUGAGGAGCCACCCUUAAGAUCUCCCAAACUGUCCAGCUUGUCAAGAAAGAUGAUCUCUAGCCAGGACUCAGCUGGCAUGUCCAGGAGUUGGAGAUGACCGUGAUAUGCCAGGCCUCCUGAAGGAUCGCCCUCUUUGACGUGGACGUUGAUGUCCUUUCUGCCUCGCGUCCACCCUUGCCCAGCAGAGAGGGACUUCUGGGGGUAGCCAGGACCUCUUUAAGCAAGUUGGGCAAGGUGGAAGUCAAGUUUGUGGUCAGUGCCACGCCUGCGUCCAGAAGCUUUCAAGAGCUACUCAACGGCUGAGAUGGGUUGAGAACUUCUGGAUGGCUUCUGGGUAAGAGUUGUGACCUCCAGGAAGGAAGCUGGAGAUCAGGGAUGAAGGCUUCAACCUUGGCCGCUUGAAGAUGGGUGGACUUCAACUCCCAGAAUUCCCCAGCCAGCACGGCCGUGCUGGCUGGGGAAUUCUGGGAGUUGAAGUCCACCCAUCUUCAAGCGGCCAAGGUUGAAAAAUAUAAAUGGUUGAGAGAUCAUUGAAUCCAGAAGUUGUCUUUCCAACAUCCGCUGGUGGCUGUGCAGAAUUGGGGUCCAGGGAGCAGGGUGGGUGGGCAGCCUUACGUAUGCAAGCAUUCAUUUUCAACUUGUCUGGAAUGGCAUCAAGACUCCUCCUUCCCCCCGGGCAGCGGGUUGGACUAGAAGGCCUCCGAGGUUCCCUUUCAGCCCUACCGUUCUUCUCCCUUCUAACUUUGGGUUGCGGAAUCCCUCUGUGGGGGGGGGCAUAGAAUAGCACGGAGGGGAAUAACGAGAACAACUAAGAGACGGAAGGGACCUCGGAGGUCAUCCAGUCCAACCCCCUGCUCAAGCAGGAGCUCCCCCCCUCCCCCCCGGACACCAUUUCAGACCGACGAUUGUCCAGUCUCUUCUUAAAAUGUCUCCAGAGAUGGAAAGAUUCGCGUUUUCCCUGACCACGGGCCCUUGGACAAGUCGGCUAAAUGUGGAACCAGGAGUGGGAUUCAACCAGUUCGGGCGAAUCGGUAGUUACAGCCAUUGGCUGGGCCUGUACCCCCGUCUCGGCGCUAUCCCGUCUUAUAUAAUCGCCGUGCACACGCGCUCACAUUUUCGAUCCUGGGCGAACCGUUUGUUAAAUUAUGCGAAGGCCAGCUCCAGGCGUGGACCCCCACGGAUUUCUGGGGGUUGGUCCUCCCAUCUUCCGGCAAUGGGGGUCACAGAGGGAAGACCCAGAGAGAUGUUGUCGCAGUGCCCAUUCUAACUAGUGCCAUUCCGUGUCCGGCCAACCAGCCCUCACUAGGAACUAACUGCGAGAGGGAUCUUGGCGCCCGAGUGGACAAUCGUUUAGAUAUGAGCCAGCCGUGUGCGGCGGCAGCCGAAAAAGACAACGCAAUCCCAGGCUGCAUCAACAGGGGGAUUUAAUCGAGAUCACUUGACGUGUUUAAUAUCACUUUAUAUGGCUUUGGUAAGGCCACACUUGGAAUAUUGCAUCCAGUUUUGGUCGCCACGGUGGAAAAAAGAUGUGGAGACUCUGGAAAGAGUGCAGAGAAGAGCAACAAAGAUGAUUAAGGGACUAGAGGAUAAAACAUAUGAAGAAUGGUUGCAGGUACUGGGCAUGUCUAGUUUAAUGAAAAGAAGGUCUCGGGGAGACAUGAUAGCAGUCUUCCAAUAUCUCAGGGGCUGCCCCAAAGAAGAGGGAGUCAAGCUAUUCUCCAAAGCACCAGAAGACAAGACAAAAAUGGAUGGAAACUAAUCAAGGAGAGAAGCAACCUGGAACUAAGGAGAAACUUCCUGAGAGUGAGGAUCAAUUAACCAGUGGAACAGCUUGCCACCAGAAGUUGUGGGUGCUCCAUCACUGGAGGAUUUCAAGAAGAGAUUGGGCAACCAUUGGUCUGAAGUGCUCGUGCCUGAGCAUGUGGGUUGGACUUGAAGACCUCUUAAGAUCCCUCCCAACUUCAACCGGAAGUUGUGGUUGCUCCAACAUUGGGAGUUUUUAAAAGAAGAGGCCGGACAGCCACUCGUCUCAAAUGGCAUAGGGUCUCCAGCUCGAGCACGGGGUUGGACUAGAUGACCUUCGGGGUCCCCGCCAGCUCUUUUAUUCUAUUUUUCUGGCAUGGGGGCGGGGUUGCCCGUUUUUUCGCUGGUGCAAUGCUAGGGGAACCGCGUUUUUGGCCCUCGCUAGGAGGCUCCGAGCAGCCCCUCUACUCAACCUUCGUACUUCCAGGUGUAUAUAGCUGUAUAAAGUGUAUAAUCUUAAAUAGGGCGGGGAGGGGGGGGAGGCAAUCAGCCAAGAGAGCUGGGUAGGGUUUGGAGACCCCUCCCCAAAAUGACCCCGUCAUGAAUCCUGAGAGCUGUAGAUUUGUGAGCCUCUACAGCAGGGGUCUCGAACCUUGUCCCCUUUAAGCCUGGCGGACUUCAACUCCCAGAAUUCCCCAGCCAGCUUUGCUGGCUGGGGAAUUCUGGGAGUUGAAGUCCGCCAGGCUUAAAGGGGACAAGGUUCGAGACCCCUGCCCUAUAGGAACAAAAAACUGAAAUUAUGCAGGUGGUCCUCGACUUAGCGACCACAAUCGGAGCCAAAGCUAAGCCAGGCGGUUGUGAAGUGAGUCACGCCUUUUGGUGUCGGUUUGGGCAGACUGUUCCCGUCGUUAAAUGAAUCUCAUGGCCCUUAAGCGAAUCCGGCUCUUCCCCCCCCCAAUCGACUGCUUGUUGGAAAGCUGCAAAUGGCAAUGACGUAACCCCGGGACCCUGCAAAUAAUCGAAUUUUGAUUAUUGGACCGUAGGGAUGCUGCCGCGGCCCUCUGUGUGAGGAACCGGUUGGAAGUCACAUUUUUUUUUAAAGCACCGUCGUUAACUUGGAACGGUCAGUAAAGGAAUGGUUGUAAGUCGAACUGCUUUGGCAGUUAAGGAGAAACAUCUGCAUUUGUCCAGAUUUCAGGGGUCCCUCCCACAUGCACCCUCUCCCCAUGAAUUAAGAAAUAAAACUAUUCUACUCUCCCCCACCAUCACUAAACAGGUAGUCCUCCACCUACGUCCACCAUUGAGCCCCAAAUUUACGUUGCUAAGCGAGAAAUCUGUGAACUUUCCUUGCCAUGUUAAGUGAAUCGCUACGCCUGGAGGGGCAGGUCAGCCCUUGUGUGGUAGAAUUGAAUUCAUUCCAGGUAGUCCUCGGUUUGCGACCGCCGGCACUUCCGUCGCUAAGUGAAGCAUUUGUUAAAAUUAAUUUCGCCCCAUUUUACGACCUUUCUUGCCACGGUUGUUAAGUGAAUCUGGCUUCCCCUGUUGACUUUGCUUGUCGGGAAGGUCGCAGAAGGGGAUCACGUGACCCCAGGACUCUGCAGCCGUCAUAAAUGUGAACCCGUUGCCAUGAGUGCGAAUUUUGAUCUCGCGACCACGACCUCUGCAGCCGUUGUAAGCGUGAUAAUGGCUCGGGAGUCAAGUUUUUUUUUCCGUGCUUUUGGACGGUCACUAAACGGAACGGUUUGUAAGUCGAGGACUGCCUGGAUUGGGAGUUUCUUGCAUAAAAUCAUUUGCAGUGUACACAGAGACAGCUGGCUCUUGAGAUGGAAAAGCCCCUUUGCAGGGGUCCGCUGAGAUUUUUUUUUUUUUUUAAAUAAAAAAUUAUCCAGCCCGCAGAAUUAAUUCCGUUAAAAACUUUUAGGACAUUUUUACUGGAAACGAAAAGUCUUCCAUUCUUUCAACCUUACGGAUUUAACCCAGCGGAGUUUGGAGGGGGGGGCGGCGGGAGAGGUGGGAAAACUGGUGUGUUUGAAAAGACCCCCGACCCUCAGUCCGAACUUGUGAAUACGACGUGUAAAUUCAUACGAUCAUAUGAUCUCGUUGGGAAGAUCGACCGAGGAGGGAUCUCCCCCGACCGAUUUAAGCCAAGAGUUUGUAACUGUACGAUAUUUACUGUAAGAUGUAGAACAUUCAAUAACGAUUAAACUAUUUCCAAAAAAGAAAGAAGAAAAAAAAACAAAA